CGGCCUUGGUGUAGCCCAAGGCGGAAGCGGCCUCCAGACGGAACCGGCUCAGGAGCGCAGUUAUGGCUGCGGGAGUCCCCUGUGCUCUCAUCACCAGCUGCUCUUCCACCUUCACUGGAGAUCGACUGGUCCAACAUAUCCUUGGAACAGAAGAUCUUAUUGUGGAAGCGACUGCUAGUGAUGCUGUGAGAUUUUAUCCUUGGACCAUUGAUAAUAAAUACUAUUCAGCGGAUAUCAAUCUAUGUGUGGUGCCAAACAAGUUUCUUGUCACUGCAGAGAUUGCAGAGUCUGUCCAAGCGUUCGUGGUUUACUUUGACAGCACACAAAAGUCUGGUCUUGACAGUGUCUCCUCAUGGCUUCCACUGGCAGAAGCCUGGUUACCUGAGGUGAUGAUCCUGGUCUGUGAUAGAGUAUCCGAAACUGGUGUAAACCGACAAAAAGCUCAAGAAUGGUGUAUCAAACAUGGCUUUGAGUUGGUAGAACUUAGUCCAGAGGAGUUGCCUGAGGAGGAUGAUGACUUUCCAGAAUCUACAGGAGUAAAGCGAAUUGUUCAAGCCUUGAAUGCCAAUGUCUGGUCCAAUGUAGUGAUGAAGAAUGACAGGAACCAAGGCUUUAGCCUUCUCAGCUCAUUGGCUGGAGCAAACCAUAGCAUUGGGUCAGCAGAGACCUGUCUCUCAGAGCAGCCCCACUUGCCGGCAGCAGAUAGGACUGAAUCCCUGCUGGGUCCUCGGGGUGGUGCGUCCAACACAGCAGACGCUCAGGUUGACAGCAUUGUGGAUCCCAUGUUAGAUCUGGAUAUUCAAGAAUUAGCCAGUCUUACUACGGGUGGAGGAGAUUUGGAGAAUUUUGAAAGACUAUUUUCCAAGUUAAAGGAAAUGAAAGACAAGGCUGCGACGCUUCCUCACGAGCAAAGAAAGUUGCAUGCAGAAAAGGUGAGACAAUCAGGUGGCCAAAGCAUUCUGGAUGGCAAUUGGGGGAGACAGAGAUGAAAUUGAAGGCCUCUCAUCUGAUGAAGAGCACUAAAUUAUUCAUCCUAGGUUUUGACUAACAAAGAUGCUAACACUCUACCUGAGAUCCUUCCCAACUCAAUCCCGUUACAUUUUGCUGAACUUCCCACCAUCACGUUGGCCUCCUGACUUGUUUAUAGGAUAGGAUCCCCUUAAGUCUGGUUUUCAGUAGAGGGUUAAGGAGAUAGUUUUUCUCCCUCAGCAUACUGAGGGGGUGAGGGUGUAAGGGGUGAGGAGUAUAAUGAUAGUGAAGAGUGAGAGUUUUUCAGCAUCCCUUUCUGUUCUAGGCAUGGGGGUGGAAUGAGAAGCUCAGAGGUCGGUGUGAUUUGCCCAAGUUAAGAAAAAACCACCAAGCCAUUCUUAGUCACCCUUUUUAAAGGAGCAUUCCCUGCUCGCACGUGAUGACUGCAGAUCAGGAACGUGUGCCACCUUUCCUGGGUGUUUUGGAUUUUCUGCUUCCAAGGAAGUUGCCGCUCUGAGCUUGGAUGCUUUCAGAGGGAAGAAAGGAGCCAUCUGCAGAUUUGAUUUGUGCUGUAGUAUAGGUGGGACCAAGGACAGUGACCGUCAAGUUAGUCUCUAGCUAAAAAAAGAUGCUUUUGGGCAUUUCAAUUAAAAUAUAGUGUCCGAGCUCAUGUUAGAAAUUAUUGAGAAGCCAGUGUGAAUUUUUAGACUAUAAUUAAUGAGGCAAAGGUUUCCUACUCUGGUAGGGAUAAAACAGACCCCUUCACUAAGUUGUUGUCGUGCAUGUAAGAGACAGAAAGAAAUUAAGGAAUUCCUUAUAUGGGCCACUGAAACCAUAUGUGAUCAUAUACUGAGAUUUGCCUUGGUAUUAAUGUGAAGAAACUCUUCGUCCUUAGAGUUCUCCCCUGCUCCUUGAGAUGUGAGAGCUGUGCUGUCACACUUUAUACCCUCAAAACAAGGCAAGUUUCCCCUCCUUCUCUCUGAAAGACAAACAGAGAUCACUGCCAAAAUAGUGGGUGAGGUGGGAAAGGAUGUGAAACGUUAGGUAACGAAUCCCUAAGUACCUUGUAUUACUUCCAGGGCUGAGUGGGUCAGCCCCAGGGGAGCUGAUCACCAAAAGAAAAGUUUCCAGAGGAAGAGUGGGAAAUGCAGCAAAUAAAAAUCCUCAUUUCUGUUUUUGUAGACACUUUGUAAUGCAUGUUAUUAACCUUCACUGUGGUCGUCACUGCCAUGACUCUAAAUGGCACCAGGGCUGGGUGGUGCUGGCACUGGGGCUGAGAACUGCUUCUUGAAACAAGUUUCAGACCCGUGUGCACCAUCUUCUAAGCACUGCAGAACACGAAACAGAUGGCAGAAGGAGUGGCAGGCUCCAGUGCCAGGCCAGGGCCAUCACAGGAGGGAGGGGUUCAGUAAGGGGAACAUUCAGAAGAGCCAUUCCAGGCGAACUUGGAGGCUCUCUUGCUUGGUGACUUUCUUUUUCCCCCCUCCUUUUUUUUUUCCUAUUCAGAAGGGUCUUUGAGACUAUAGUUUACCACCAUUCCACCAGUGUUUCUUUGAGAUGACUGCGUUAGCCAUUCAUUAGGAAUGUAAGGGAAGUUGGCUCCAUGUUGCAAAACAAAAGGUGGAACGUGUUUUUUUUAAAAACAUGAAAGGUUUCAGAAAAUAUAUCAGGAUCACAUGGUUAGGGAAAACAGAGUAGAGAAAGCUAUGAACUGGAUUUUGUGGAUUAAACAAAGCCAGAUGAUUAAAAUGUGAUUUAUGUAUAAAGUCUGUUAAUGUGUAUUAUGAUUUUGGUUUUCAGGAGGGAACGUGUGUGGGGGAAGCCUUCCUUCGGUGGAGCAGGCAUAAAUAGUGAAUAAGAGUUUAUCAAACUAUUUUGGAAUUGAUUAUGCCUAUGUGUAAUAUCAAGUCAUGUUUAAACAUUUCUCUAUUUGUGUAGCACACUGUCUGGCACAUAGUAGGCCCUUAAUUUUGAUUUGGAUUCGUAUUUGAUAGUUUGAUGAAUAUGAUCCCAAAGUUUGACAGUCCAUGCAUGUUGGAAGGUAAGGAGUGACAAGAAUAAACUUUUUCCUGUGAAAA